AUGCACAUUCCAUCUCUCAUUAUCGGUACUUUCAUGAGUGUUGGCUUCGUCAGCGCCCAAGGCUCUUUAGAAAGCUGGCACCCAGCUAGGCCUGGAGAAUCUCGAGGCCCUUGCCCUAUGCUAAAUACCUUGGCAAACCACGGCUUCUUACCUCGUGAGGGUCGCAACUUCACGCUCCCCACCGUCAAGCGCGCUCUUUUGACAGGCCUUAACAUCAGCGAAGAAAUCUCGGAGCUGUUGUAUAACUUCGCGCUCACGACAAACCCAGGUCCGAAUGCUACGACCUGGGGUCUGGAUACACUGGGCAAUCACAACAUCUUGGAACAUGAUGCCAGUCUGAGUCGUUCCGACAAGUUCUUCAAUGACGAUGCCGUCUCUUUCAACGCCACCGUAUACAAUCAAACCCGCGCCUACUGGACCGACGAAAAGAUCACUAUUCAGAUGGCUGCCAACGCACGUCUUGCUCGCAUGAUCGACUCGGUAAAGUACAACCCCAGGUUCGCUUUGUCGGACUUGGCCGCAGACUUCAGUGCGGGCGAAGGUGCCGGAUACAUGCUCGUAUUCGGCAACAAGACGGAGAAGACAGCGAGCAGAGACUUUGUGGAGUACUUCUUUGUCAACGAGCGCUUGCCGACAGAGAUUGGCUGGACGAUACCCAGUGAAGAGAUUAGCGCUGACAACCUCUUUGACUUUUCUAAUGACAUCUACGCGGCGACGUCGUACGCUGCCCUGGAGUCGAAGGCGGGCAUGAUGCGCAGGAAUCGCAUGGUCGAGAAGGUCUUCUAG